AAUUAUUUAGUCACGAUAAGCACAUAAUUAUCGUUAGUUUGCAUGUUUGCUUUUUUCUGACACUAGAAAAAUCGUACACAAAUUUAAAGAACGUUCAAAAAUGCCUGCGAAAAACCGACCCUGACUAAUUCGUAACAAUAUGAACAUUUUUGCGUAACUUCACAACGAGAAAUGUUCAUGUCGACAUUAACAAUUGAAUCUCGUUGACUAAUUUGUACAAGAGAGAUAAAACAUUGAACGUAGCUCAUUAUUUUGGUCUGCCUCUAUACUUCACGCAUGAUUGGUAAAAGUUCCGCCGCGAGGACGAGAAAUCCCAGUCACUUAUAUUGUCAUAUAAACACACAAAGUACCUAUAACCUCAACACGACUGAGCAGCAUCGGUAUAUAAAGACGUCGUUAAUCCCGGCAUUCGCCACUCGUUGUUCCACUUGACACCAGAACAAUACAGUUUUACCCUCAGUCGGAAUCUUAUUAAUUUUGUGUGUUAGUAAAUAUUAGAAUAAUACGAAAAAUACAACAAUCGUGAAAGGGUCACAAAACUGCAAUGGAACACUUGAGACUGUUCGCUCUCGUCAUUGGGCUUCAAUUUAUUUGCAGCGUUUAUUCAAGGUCAUUGGAUUCGGACAGUUGCGCCCCGAAAUCAGGAGUUUGCAUCAAGCAAAUAACCGAGCCACGGACCUUGUCCGAAGGGCCACAUUGGGACGUCGAAAACCAGGUUCUCUACUUCGUCGAUAUACCAAAGCAAACCCUUCAUUGUUAUGAUCCUGCAACGGGGAAGGUGACGAGCGCGUAUAUAAAAAAUGGGCAGUUGGGCGUAGCGGUUCCGGUUGCUGGGAAAAAAAACACAUUCGUUGGCGGUGCUGGCACCGAUUUCGUUCAAAUAAAUUGGGAUCCCAAAACUAAUAAUUCGGAUCCCGGAAUCAAAGUUCUGGCGACCGUCGAUACCGAUCGCAGGGGCACGAGAUUCAACGAUGGAAAAAUCGACCCUGUAGGACGAUUCUGGGGAGGUACGGUGGGCCUCAAGGAGGAACGUGGAGUGGCCUCGCUCUAUAAAAUCGGUUCGGAUGAUGUCCCCCAGAGAAUGGUGUCACCGGUGACGAUCAGCAACGGUCUUGCUUGGAGUAAUGAUAACAAAACUUUCUACUAUAUCGACUCUCCGACCCGGCAGGUUGCAGCUUACGAUUACGACAACGAAGGUGGCAAAAUUAGUAACAAAAGAAUUGCGUUCGAUUUCAAGACGAACAACGUUUCCGGGACUCCGGACGGCAUGACGAUCGACUCUGCUGGAAAUGUUUGGGUCGCGUGCUACGACGGAGGAAAAGUAAUCUCGGUUGAUCCAAACACUGGAAAGUUAUUGAGAACCGUUGAAAUGCCAGCACGGCAAGUAACGAGCGUCGCUUUCGGCGGCCCGAACCUCGACAUUUUGUUCGUGACGACAGGGAAACAAGGAUUGAAGAGCAAAGAUCUUGUGUCUCAACCAAAAGCUGGAUCCGUUUUUGCGGUCGAGGGCUUGAACGUUUCAGGACCACCGAUGCACGGUUUCAGAAUGGCUCUUGAAGCGGACAGUUGCUCCAUGAAACCGGGAAUUUCCAUCGAGCCGAUUUCCGAGCCCCAGACCCUCACCGAAGGCCCGCACUGGGACAUUGACGAUCAAGUCCUUUACUUCGUUGACAUACCAAAGCAAACCCUUUUUUGUUAUGAUCCUGCAACGGGAAAGGUUACGAACGCUUAUAUAAAAAAUGGCCAGUUGGGCGUAGCGAUUCCGGUUUCUGGCAAAAAGAACACAUUUGUUGGUGGUGCUGGCACCGACUUCGUCCAAAUAGUCUGGGAUCCCAAAACUAAUAAUACGGAGCCCGAUGUCAAAGUUCUCGCCACCGUAGACACUGAUCGCAAUGGUACGAGGUUCAACGACGGCAAAAUCGAUCCUAAAGGACGAUUCUGGGCGGGCACCAUGGGCAUCGAGUUGGAACCCGAAUUAGGCUCCCUUUAUAGAAUCGGUUCAGACAAUGUGCCAAAGAACAUGAUUUCACCGGUGUCGAUCAGCAACGGUCUUGUUUGGAGUCAUGACAACAAGACUUUCUACUACAUUGAUUCUCCGACCCUACAAGUUUGGGCUUACGAUUACGACCUUGAAACCGGCGAAAUUUCAAAGAAACGAGUCGUCUUCGAUUACAAGAGUCUCAACCUUCCCGGACUACCGGAUGGCAUGACGAUCGACACUGAUGGAAACCUUUGGAUCGCAAUUUACGACGGCGCAAGAGUAAUCUCGAUCGAUCCGAAAUCUGGUAAAUUGCUCAGAACCCUAAAAAUACCAGCGAAGCAAGUUACGAGCGUUGCAUUUGGUGGACCAAACCUCGAUACUUUGUUCGUGACGACAGCGAGGGUAGGUCUCAAAAGCGAAGAUCUCAAAUCCCAGCCGAAAGCCGGUUCCGUCUUUGCCGUUAAGGGUUUGAAUGUUUCGGGAAAACCAAUGCUCCGUUUCCAGAUGUGAAAUCGGCGAACCAGCACGAUGCAUUUCCAGACCUAGAGCCGAAAUAAACAAAUAAUUAAAACAAAAUCAACAAAUUUCAAAUUUUUAUUGUUGUCUUGUGAUGUUACUGCGAGUACUCGACUCUGAAUCGAAUUUCGAGAUGAUGAAUUAUUCCAAACUCAGAAAUAACAGCGACGAAAUGCAUUUUGCACAUUAAUAAAUUAUACCGUGAAAACA